AUGCAGACUAUUACGGUCCAAGGCCACCAGUUACCUACCCCCUACGUCCCUAAGCCAUGGAUGAUGGAUCCCACUUCUGGGAUCCAAGCCUGUUUAUCGGCCUCUUACUACUUCGAGACUGCUGGAAGUGGCUCGAGCUGGGCACCAGGAUUUGCGGUGCAUUCAUGGAUCGUUGAAGGCAGCUCCUACAACUUCAACACCAACUCGUGUGAUGGAAGUGAAAUGUGUGGUCACUACACUCAGAUAGUGUGGCGUGACACCAAAAAGCUCGAGUGCGCAAGUGUAGUCUGUGAGAACGGUGCUGGAGUUUUCAUCACUUGUAACUACGACCCUCCGGGUAACUACGUUGGCCGAGAAACCUUACUAAGGGAAAGUCUAUAA